AUGGGUGAGAGGCAGGAUACUCUACGGGUCAUAAUCGCCGGCGCCGGCAUUGCGGGGCUUGCGACAGCGAUCUCAUUGUCACAAAUCGCUUCGAUCACAAACAUAGACAUCCAACUUUACGAGCAAGCACCCGAGCUGCUGGAAAUCGGAGCCAGUAUUGCACUCAGCCCAAAUGGAAUGCGCACCUUGGAAAAGCUAGGAGUGGACAAAGCACUCACCGAUGAGUUUGGUUAUAGAGGACCAAGUGGCAUACCACAAAUCUUUCGUCACUGGAAGACCGACCAGGUUAUCUCGGUCGACACUCACACCAAUGUCCCCAACCCUCGCCAUCAUACCACUCGGUUCCAUCGAGGCCAUCUACAUGCAGCUCUUCUUGAACAUGUUCCCAGAGAGUCUAUACAUCUAGGGAAGAAGAUAAUCCAUGCGGAGGCUGAUAAAAAUGGCGUCACUCUGCAUUUCGAGGAUGGGAGUAGUGUGCAAGGUGAUGUUUUGAUCGGGGCAGAUGGAAUUCGAUCGGCUGUUAGGAAAUCAUUCUUGCCUGACUACAGGCUCCGUUUCAGUGGAAAGGUCUUUAUGAGAUCAACAUUUGACGCAUCUUUGGUGGAAGGGAAAAUCCCCAAUCUACCUUCCGACUCCAUGCAUUGGACUUGGUAUAGUACCUCAACAAUCCCGCAUAUAGGUAGUCUGCUAAUGAACCCAGGCAAGGACCAGUAUACAACAGUCGGGGCUUACGAUGACCCCCGCACGGAAGAAGAGCUCGAAAACAGCAUUGCAUGGAAUCAACGUGGAAAUGUUGAGUUUCUAAGGGAGAAGUACAAGAUGCUCUCUCGACCUGGGUGUUUGAUUCUCGGGUCACUCUCAUCGGCGAUGCCGCACACGCCCAUGGGGGGGGCUUUCGCUGCUGGGGGCUCGUUGGCAUUGGAUGAUACUCUUGCUCUUGGCCUUGCCUUUCGGCAUGUCUUCGGCGCCCAAACUUCCGGACAGACUUUCUCGAGUGAGAAUAUCAAGAAGGCGUUGGGAUUAUACAGCAACACGAGGCAGCCGCACACAGCUCGUAUACUGCGCAUUGUUCACAAUCAAAUCGAUAAAAGAGGCGCGCAGUUUACCUCAGCCGAAGAGGAGGAUGAGGCGUUGGUUGCCAGAAUGAGAAGCAGGCCAAAUACGGAAUGGUUAUCAGAACAUGAUGUCGAAGCUGCAUUCGCAGCUACGCUUGAGCAGGUGGAGGUAAUAGAAGCCUCAGAUCAAGCGCAAGCCUCGAAGAGCACAAAGACAGUUCCAGAAUCGAGCUCUGGUACUAGUACUAGUAUACAGCUCGAAGGCAGCAAGCUAUAG